CUACAAAUUAUGCUGUAUAAAAACAAGUCACUUAAAAAAAACAAUAGUUUAAUAAAGAUUAAAAAUGGUAAUCGUCCUUGAAUUAUGGAAUUCAUUGUGUAUUUCUAGGGAAAAAGAAGAGACACAAGUUUUGUGUGCCAGAAGAUGCCAACGCUUAGGUGGAAAGCAUGACCCCAAAAAUUUGAUUUUGCCGCGCGCUCACAGUCAACCCAACCUAAUGACCAAUAGGUGUUACAUCGUCGCAUCUUGGUCGUCUUCAUAUGGGUCUUCUGAUUUAAGGAUACACGCAAGUUACAGUUGA